UGUCCAAGUUCACCGAAUUGUGGCACUUGCCACUUGAAACUCACCUGUCAGUGACACUCUACAUGUGCCUACUCAGGGAUACCCGUGCGGUCAAGGUGGUGGAAAUAGUACUCCGAUUGAUAGAACCGUCAGAGCGUAGAUCAGGACACUGCUAUCACUUCUCGUGAAAGACGGUCAUGCUCGACCAUGAUGCCGUAGUAGAAUGAUAGCUUGGCGUUAUUUAUAACACGAUUCCAUCGCCGAUGAAAACAUGUGGGCGCUGCAGACACAGCGUAUUGCCUCUGGACACGACAGUCUAUUUCAAAUUCCGCGCAUUGACUCCAUCUACCGUCCUUGCAAUCCUACAGAAAUACUGAUGGAUCACAGGGCAAAUCUGCGGUUCAACGAUGCCUGCGUGCUAAGAAACGUCAAUUUUAGGGAAAGGUACGUCAGUCAUCAGAUGUUUGAACAUAGUUUGCCGUUACAGUUCCCGUUUUCUGGUAUGGAUAACGUUAGGGUCAUAGUCGCAUUUAUUUGGUAUGAGGCACAGAUACCUCAAUCAGUGGCCAAAUGACCAAUACACUCGUGGUAGAAUC